AGGGGCAGGGUGGCUCUGGCCAGUCCCAGCAGCCAGGGACAGAUGCCGAUCGAGAUUGUGUGCAAAAUCAAAUUUGCUGAGGAGGAUGCGAAACCCAAGGAGAAGGAAGCAGGGGAUGAGCAGAGCCUCCUGGGAGCCGCACGGGGGCCCGCAGCCCCCCGGGACCUGGCCACCUUCGCCAGCACCAGUACUCUGCAUGGGCUGGGCCGGGCCUGUGGUCCAGGCCCUCAUGGACUGCGAAGAACCCUGUGGGCACUGGCACUACUCACCUCUCUGGCAGCCUUCCUGUACCAGGCAACCAGCCUGGCCCGGGGCUACCUCACCCGGCCUCACCUGGUGGCACUGGACCCGGCUGCCCCAGCACCAGUGGCGGGCUUCCCAGCCGUCACCCUCUGCAACAUCAACCGCUUCCGGCAUUCGGCACUUAGCGAUGCCGACAUCUUCCACCUAGCCAAUCUGACCGGGCUGCCCCCCAAAGACCGGGAUGGGCACCGUGCAGCCGGCCUGCGCUACCCAGAGCCUGACAUGGUAGACAUCCUCAACCGCACUGGCCACCAGCUUGCCGACAUGCUCAAGAGCUGCAACUUCAGUGGGCACCACUGCUCUGCCAGCAACUUCUCCGUGGUCUAUACUCGCUAUGGGAAGUGUUACACCUUCAACGCAGAUCCACAGAGCCCACUGCCCAGCAGAGCCGGGGGCAUGGGUAGUGGCCUGGAGAUCAUGCUGGACAUUCAGCAGGAGGAGUACCUGCCCAUCUGGAGGGAGACAAACGAGACUUCGUUCGAGGCCGGCAUUAGGGUGCAGAUCCACAGCCAGGAGGAACCACCCUACAUCCACCAGCUGGGCUUCGGCGUGUCCCCAGGCUUCCAGACCUUCGUGUCCUGCCAGGAACAGCGGCUGACCUAUCUGCCCCAGCCCUGGGGCAACUGCCGGGCGGAGAGUGAGCUCUGGGAGCCCGAGCUUCAGGGCUACUCAGCCUACAGCGUGUCCGCCUGCCGCCUGCGCUGCGAGAAGGAGGCCGUGCUGCAGCGCUGCCACUGCCGGAUGGUGCACAUGCCAGACUCCCUGGGUGGGGGCUCUGAGGGCCCGUGUUUCUGCCCUACCCCCUGCAACCUGACCCGCUACGGGAAAGAAAUCUCCAUGGUCAGGAUCCCCAACAGGGGCUCAGCCCGGUACCUGGCAAGGAAGUACAACCGCAAUGAGACCUACAUACGGGAGAACUUCCUGGUCCUAGACGUCUUUUUCGAAGCCCUGACCUCUGAGGCCAUGGAGCAGCGAGCAGCCUAUGGGCUCUCAGCCCUGCUAGGUGACCUCGGGGGACAGAUGGGCCUCUUCAUCGGGGCCAGCAUCCUCACGCUGCUGGAGAUCCUUGACUACAUCUAUGAGGUGUCCUGGGACCGACUAAAGCGGAUGUGGCGUCGUCCCAAGACCCCCCUGCGGACCUCCACUGGAGGCAUCUCCACCUUGGGGCUGCAGGAGCUGAAGGAGCAGAGUCCCUGCCCAAGCCGAGGCCAUAUUGAGGGUGGGGGAGCCAGCAGCCUGCUCCCCAACCACCACCACCCCCAUGGUCCUCCAGGAGGCCUCUUUGAAGACUUCGCUUGCUAGAAUGGUGCUGUGUCUGAAAAGACCCAGGAGUCUGGGACCCCUCCCCAGGCCCCCAGCAUCUACUCUCACUCCUGGGACCUUGAAGGCCUGGGGGCAGCCUAAGGCUGUGGGGGAGGGGAGGUGCUCACUGGGAGGGUGGGGACUCAGUUCCUGUUCUCUCCCCCCUCCCUCCGCCAGCUGCUUUGCACAAGGGUCCUUCUUGUCUGCACCCCCCUCCCCCAGGCUGGUGCCCAAGGGAGGGCUGGAGAUCAGGCCUUGGGCCCCAUGGAGGGGAUGAGAGGAAAGGAGAGGGAGGUGGAGGAAGGAGCCCACCCCAGGAGGAGUAGAACCCUCUGUACAUUUGUAUAUAUUUAGGGAGGAUAGGGUGGGGGUGGGGUACAGAUGUAGAAGGCUGGGUGGGGCUGCAGGGAGGGGUGAUUCAGGGACAGCCAGGGUCCCAACCUGAGUGUCAGCAGGGGAGGGUGAGCCCCCACGACUCAGGAGUGCUGAGCCACCCUGCUUCCUGCCCCUCUCUGAGCCCAGCUCCCCUCUUGGCAGGGGGAGUGGGUGGCCCAGCAGGCCUGGCCCAGCUCCCAGUUCCCCCUGCACCCACCCCACCUCAUCCCAGCAUCCCCUCCAUAAGGAGCAGACAGAACUUUCAGAACCUGGCAGAGCUUGAGGGGUGGGGAAGGGUGCCUCCUCAGGCCUCCCUCCCUCCCGUCUGGUUUUAUAAAGUGCUGAUGAAAUUGAGAAU